AUGAAUGCUUGUGUUUCCAUAAAGUUUACUUUGAGCAAAAUCGUUUUAUCCUUUGGACAGGGAUUGGGGAUGCUAUGGUAUGAGACUCACCGGCUAAGUAUUAAAGCAUUGUUUGGGGCACUGGCAUUGUUAACUCUUGGUAAAGCUGGGCGAGAUGUCACUUUGAAAGCAUUUCUAGCUGAUCAACUAUGGAGAUCUAACGAAGAAACAAACGAAGAGAAUGAAAAUCUUAUAGAGACACGCCAAGAAAUUAUUUGGAGUGUUUGUUGGAUUUUAGGUAUAAUUAUAGCAACUGUAUGGCUCUCAAAUACAGAGUGGGAGGUGCUUGCAAAGAUAUCUACAAUCGCAAUGGUAGCAGGAUUUUCUCUGUUCUUGUUAGGCAUCCCAUUCUAUGAACGCAAGAAACCAUCUCCUAGUCCUAUCCUUGAUGUUUUCAAGGUCGUUAAAGCGGCACUAUCAAAGAUUCAUCUUGAUUACCCAGUUUCUCCUAGUCAGUUGUUCAUGAAUAACACAAGUGAUACAAAGAUUCUUCCUAAUAUUGCACUCCUCAGAUGGUUAGACAAAGCUGCCAUUUUGGAACCAUCACCUCCUUGUCCAGUAGCAAUAGAGCAAGCUGAAACUGCUGACAUUUUUGAGGUAGCAAAGGUGAAUCUCGUAGGGGCUACAGCAAACACUUUCUUUUACGAACAAGCUAAUGUCAUGGAUGACCAUCUUGGAAAAAUAUCACAUGUUCCAAUUGUAAUUUUUGUUAUUAUCAAAACCUUCACAAGUUCCAUUAUAUCAAUCAUAUGUCAAUCGCUCAAAAACGCCGUAAGAACUACACGAAGUCCUCCUUUGUUCAGAACUAUACUUGGAAUGUUUUGCUCUUUUCUUUGUUGCCUAGCUGCUUGGUGGGUAGAAAAAUACAGACAUGAUGAUAUGGAGAUAUGGGUUGACGAGGAUAAUGUGGAGUUUUACGUUAAUGAAAUGAGUGUUUUUUGGCUAAUACCUCAGUUCGUCUUGGUUGGCCUUAUGGAUGGACUUUCAUCGAGUGGGCUUAAAGAUAUCUUUGAAACUAAAGUUUCUGACUCAAUGAAAGGGUAUGAGCCAGAGUUUACCGAAUUCAUUACUGGUAUUGGCAAAUUCUUCAGUGUGAUCUUCAUUCUUAUAUUCGGAUCCUGGUUCAAGGAGGACGUAAACACAAGUCGUCUGGACAAGUACUAUGCUAUGUUAAUGGCUCCUACAUUCCUUAACUUUCUUUUCUGCUGGUUCGUGUGCAGCUGGUAUGCACAUCAACCAUAUUUUCACAUCACUAUUGACAGUGCUCAACAGUCAGAAGCUGGAACCAUAGAAGUCUUGACAAAUGAGAAUUCUGGCUUUGACACCGCUCAAAAAUUCGAAGAUGGUGUUGUAGAAGUCUUGACAAAUGAGAAUUCUAGCUUUGACAAUGCUCAAGAAUUAGAAGAUGGUAUCAUAGAAAUCUUGAUAACUGAGAAUUCUAGCUUGACUCCAUCUACCAAUAAUUGA